AUGUAUGAAAUUGCUUCUGGACGACGACUAUGGAAGCUUGAGCAUAAACAAUUGCCUCGAGCAUGGGAUUUUGGUAUUCUCUCUCAUUCAAUCUCAAUCUUCGAUACAACUGUCAUGGUGUGGGCAGGUGGUGAAAUUACUCUAUUAUCUUCAGAUUUCGGAAUAAUGGCGCAACUUGAGAGGCCGAGAAGACCUCUGUUCUCGGACAACCUCAGCUCCGAAACACCAACGCCUUCUCAAAAAACUUCUCCAACUUUUGAGCAGCUCCUCAAAGACGAUGAAAAGUGGUUGUCGCCGAUGUCCACAUCUCCUACAUUUGAAUUCAGCAAUGAUCCUCACCAGCAAAAUCAGUAUUCAACCAGCCCCGCUGGCCGGAAAUCAGUCAUGGCAAGGGUCAAAGAGAGAGCUAAGAAGUUGAGGUACUCCCUCAGUGGCAGAAAGAAUCGACUCGAAGAUGAAUUUCACAAUAAUGCGAUCCACUCCAUGCAGCGUCAUCCGUGGCCAGCGUCAGCUGUGUUCGAUCACCACAAUAUUGCUGAUCAUGAUCGUGAUCGGGACAAUGAUGGUCGCAGCGACGAAGAACGCGAAAUGGAUCCCGAGUAUCUCGGCGCACCAAUGUACGAAUCAGAAUCAGCUCCAGAGAGUUUGAAAGAGACCGCGAGGCAACAUCCGCGAGCAGUGCCGGUUAUUUCCAAGAACCAUAGGACGCCAACCUGCACGAAAUGUAAAGAAACCGAGCAACAUGGAAAUAGCGAAUCCCCCCUCAGUCGAAACACAAGUAAAGCUCAGCGAGCUAUAAGCACAAGCGAUGCCGGUAAGAAUUCAGGAAGUCUGACAUGGGACAAGGGGGUUUCUGUAAAGGAAUAUUUCAUGAAUAAGCUGGAGCCGGGCGAGGAUGAACGAGCUCUUUCUCAGGCAAUAACAGAGGCCAUCAGUCCCCGGAAAAGCACUGAUCAGGCCGCCGGAGUGGUGGAUAAGGUGAAGGAGGCUGUUACAUCAUUGUUCCGGCAUCAAGAGUCGAGUUUUCCAACUGCUGAUUCUCCCAAUGCUCGAAUUUCAGAAACUUGCCACCCCGGCUCGUCGCCUCAGAUCCCGGUUUCCUACAAUGCCUCCGGAGGUGUUGAAGAUCAAAAUCAAGGGAGGAUACUCCAACCCAACUGAUGAAGAAUUUUUAUUCUCGGCAACAAAUUAGAUGAUAUGAAGAAUCAAUCAGUUGGGAAUCCAUACAGAUAGAAGUUUGUACAUGAUUUUUCUUACUUUCUAGAUUUUGAUUUCUUUUUCUUUUGUUCUUUUUUCUUUUUUUCUUUGUCCUACACUACCAAAAAAAAAAAAAAAUGAUUAUUUUUAGUAGAACUGAAUCCAUUGCAAAUGCUUGUUUUUCGUAACAAAAAAGUAUUUGUGACGAUUUUGUUGAGGAUUUUGGUCGGUAUGUUUACUCGAGUAAAAAAAAAUAUGUGUUGCCACAAAUGUUGUAACAAAAGAUGAGUGGUAAUCCCUGUGGGAUGACUCUUUGUUACAAUUUUUUGUAAGAGACAAAAAGUCGAAUUCUUUUUGUAAUGAUUCAUUGUCA